AUGUCAAGUUUGUAUACAGAUAAUUCGUUAACUGAUCUCCCAACCACAACAACAUCCUCGGUUCCUCCCAUUUCAUUUUUCUCUCCGAAUGAAUUAUGUUUGAUCACGACUGCAUUGGUGUUGAUCUCGGUCAUUGGAACAUUUCAGAAUCUCAUGGUGGUUGUAGCGGUCGUUUUGAGUAGAAAUCGUCUGCUUGAGAUCCCAUCCAGCUGGUUUGUCUUAAGUUUAGCCGCAGCUGAUUUAUUUGUAUGUGGAGUGAGCGUCCCCACGUAUAUCAUUCACUUGUAUAUAUAUUUUUGGGAACCGUUUCUUGCUUUCGGUCAAUUUACGACCCUUAUCAGUGCGGGGAGCUUGGUGCUACUAACGUUCAACCGUUUCUUGUCAAUAUACGACACUCUUGGUUAUAUAAAGAGGAUGACAGUCCUUCGCGCACAGUUGUUAGCAACGGGCAUGUGGCUCUUGGCAAUCACUUUGACAAUGAUCACUACACUAGGAAAAAUCUAUGACACUGAUAAUCUAGUUUUUGUAUCAAUUGCUUAUUAUGUGAUUAUUAAUAUCCUAACGGGCGGGUUUCAUUCAUACAUGUUCCGCGAAUCCUGGGUCAAAACAAAAGCAAUAAGAGGUCAGAGACUUGUGGUACUGUCAGGGCAGCAAAAGAAUGCCAUCCAGGAAUAUAACCAUCUAUUUCGACUUGUGAUUAUCGUAGGAACGUAUGUUAUAACAUGGGUUCCAUUCGCUGCAACACUUGCUGUAACUCCAGAGAACGAGGAGCGAAGAUCCAGAUCAUUUCAACGACAAUUUGCGCUAUUCUACACAUUGCUUUCAAUGAACUCCGCAAUUGAUCCCUUCCUGUAUUUUCUAAGAAGCCAUGAGUUUAAAAUGUUUACCCAGAAAGUUAAUCGGGUAUUGUUACGAACACAACGUCGUGUGAGACCACAAACCGAAUCAUUUCAUAUCUAUGGAACUGGAAAAACAGGCCACACAUGA